CGAGCUCAGAUGGUCACGCACUUUUCUACAUUCGUCUCGCUUGUUCGGAUCAAUCGCGCAGAUUGCACUUUUAUUUCACGGGACCGGUUUCUUAGGUUGGACUUGUCGGUCCAAAAAGACCCGAAAGAAAAAUGACUGCACCACUCCUCCGCGUCGGUUCACUAGUGCCGGUAUUGGUCGUGUGUUCCUGGCUUCUGGCGUCGAAGUUUGCCACCGCCAACGAAGUGUUCGGCUGCGGUGGUUUCAUCAAAAAUGCAAACUCCGACCUGGAUUUUAACAAGGUGGAAGUUGGACUGUACAAUCCGCAGGGGAGUUUGAAGAUCAAGACUGAUUGUUCGCCCUCGAAUGGGUAUUAUUUUAUUCCGCUGUACGAUAAGGGAGAGUACGUUUUGAAGGUUAUUCCCCCUCCCGGGUGGAGCUUCGAGCCGGAACAGGUGGAGAUCAAGUUCGAUGGGACUACGGACAUCUGUAGCCAGGGGAAGGAUGUGAAUUUCAUCUUCAAAGGGUUCGGAAUCACCGGGAAGGUGGAGAUUUACGGACAUGAUGUAGGGGCCAAGGGAGUGCAGGUGGAACUACGGUCGGAGAGUAAUACGAAAAUAGGCCAAACCUUUACGGACAGUAAUGGAAUCUUUUCGUUUACGCCGAUCAAAUCGGGUAAAUACGUGAUCAAGGUGAAGCACGACAAAUGGCAUUUCGUCAAGGCAGAAUAUGGGGUGACGGUGACGACAGGAAAUACGGAGAUUCCGGCCAAGUCGUUGGUGGUGUCCGGAUUUGAUGUGGAAGGGCGCGUUCAUAGCGAUGGACAGCCUUUCGGAAAUGUCGGAUUCUUGCUGUAUCCGGAGAAGGGAGUGGAGGCGAUGGUGAAGUGCUCGUCGAAUAAUAUUCCGGCCGUGUCGGGGACAGAUCCGAAGUACAGCGGGGAGCCGCGCUGCUACACGGAAACAAAUAAGGCGACGGGAAUGUUCACUUUUGCUGGCGUGUCGUCUGGGAAGUACAGAGUAGUUCCGCACUUCAACAACAAGGCGAUCAAGUUCCACAUCAAACCGGAAGCGAUGGAGUUCGAGUUGGGUCGCGAUAGUCUGAGGUUGCCUGGAAGCUUCGAAGUGACUGGAUUCAGCGUCGGUGGAAGGGUUCUGCAGGCUGUUGAUGGACCUGGCGUACGGAAUGCCAAGGUUAAACUGAAUGGAAAGGAAGUGGCAACGACCGGAAGCGAUGGAAAGUACACGCUGGACAAUAUUCAGGCUGGUACGUACACUAUUCAGGUGACGGCGGAUAAUCUGCAGUUUAAGGAUCAUAUUGUUAAGAUCUCGCUGAGCAAUCCAGCGCUGCCGGAUAUCGUCGUGCAUGGAUUUAAGAUUUGCGGUCAAGUGAUCUCUAAGAAAUCCUAUCGAGUGGCCAUCACGAAAAAGGCUUCGACCUUCCACGUCGAGGUGACGACAAAGGAAAAUUUGGCUGGCGAAUGGUGUACCUAUCUGGAAAGUGGUCAGUACACGGUUCAGGUUGUCACCAGCGAAGAGGAACAUGCUGCUGGAAUUCAGUUCUUCCCUCUGACUCAAUCGAUUCACGUCGAUCGAUCCCCUCAGAGUGGCAUCAUCUUUUCUCAAUUGAGAGCCACCGUUUCGGGAGAGAUUCGAUGCCUUCCGGAUGCCGAAAGUGCCUGUUUGAACGACGUAACCGUUACACUGACUCCGUUGGAUGUGAACGGAAAUCCGACCGGACAACCAUCGAAUGCGGAACCCCAAGCUGGCAAGUAUACGUUUGCGAAUGUUCUUCCGGGAAGCUACGAAGUCAGCGUUCCCAAGGGCAAGCUUUGCUGGCGAUCGAACACGCUAAAGAUCAAUGUGAAAACGGCUCAGGAAACGGUUCCGGCACUGGUUCAAAGCGGAUACGUCGUUUCGAUUGUGUCCAGCCACGCGGUCACUAUGACCUACCAUCAGAAGGGCGUUGAAGGUGCAAAGUCAGAAGAAAUGUUGCUCACUUCCGGUAUGAACACAUUCUGCGUUCAGAAGGCGGGCAGCUACGAAAUCGAGCUCACCGGAUGCCACAAGUACGGUGUGGAUGUUCCUAAAACUUUCACGACGUCCGAUCCGGCUCCGGUCAGCCUGACCGCCCUGAGUCAUCGCCACACGGUCAAGAUCCUAGCCGAGGUAAAGUACACCUACAAGACGCAGGUCACUUCCAAAUUGGGAACGGAAACGAUCGAAUUCAAAUCGAGCGAACAACGGGCGGAAGGUUCCCAUGUCUAUCGGCAUGACUUCUACCUAGAACAGGGCGAACGAAUCACGCUGGAUCCGGUCAGCGACAUUAUGCUGUUCACACCGACGACGUUGGAAGUUACCGGAGGAUCGGAUUGCAUGGAAGUUCCCUCCAAGAUCGUUGCCCGGAAGGGUUUGUUGAUCGACGGUAAAACUACUCCGCCGAUCAAGGAUGCCAAAAUUACUUUGCUCUUCCCGAAUAAUGUGGAACUUUCGUCACUGGUUUCCCUGACAAACGAGAAGGGUGAGUUCCGAUUUGGACCGAUCGAUUCGAGCCUGUCGGUGGAGUUGUCCGCAGAGAAAGAAUCAUACGUGUUCUCGGCAUUCGAUAAGGCUACCAACAGUUUCAACGGCCACAAACUGUGCGAGAUUAUCGUUACCGUGAAGGAUGACGCCGGAAAUCGAUUGCCUGGUGUGUUGCUUUCCUUGUCUGGAGCGGAGAGCUACCGCAAGAAUCUGGUCACCGGAGAAGACGGUACCAUCAAGUUCCAUUCGCUUUCGCCUAGCGAAUACUACCUUCGGGCGAUGAUGAAAGAGUACGACUUCAAACCGAACUCCAAGCUGAUUCAGGUCAAGGACGGAGCCACGGUGAACGAGGAAUUGCGCGGUACUCGGACUGCUUUUUCGAUUUUCGGUUCAAUCACCUCGCUCAAUGGAGAACCAUUCCCGAACGUUGCCAUCGAAGCCGUCACGGACGAUCGCUGCGGCAAUCAUCUGGAAGAAAGCAACAGCGAACCCAACGGUCAUUACCGAAUCCGUGGCCUCCAACCCGGCUGCCAGUACCGGGUUCGCGUUCGCACCGACGGACCUUCGUCUAACGUUGAUCGUUCGAUCCCCAAGGAAAAGGUCAUCAAGGUCGAGAAGAAAGACGUCCGCGACGUCAACAUGAUCGCCAUAAGUCCACUGGCAUUCGUCGACGUUACCGUCCGGGUCUUGGCUUCCGAAAACGAUUACUACAAAUCCCUCAAAAUCUUCCUCUACAAAAAGGGCAGUGAUUCGCCGGUUCACUCGCAACGCAUUGAAUCCCCCUUGAACCCCAAGAGCAAGAUCAACCCCGGCAUUAUGGUCUUCUUCCCCCGGAUUCCCUUCGACAGCAAGACCUACUACAUCGAACUGACCUCCACGCUGUCCGAUAAGAACUACAAAUACUCUCUCCCGAUGGUGGAGUUCACGGCCAACAGCAGUAGCUUCUUCAGCGAGAUGCACUUCCGACCGGAGCUGCGGACCGCCGAAAGUGAUCUCAACCAAAACUCGCUGUCGGCCAUCGUGCUCAUCCUGUUGGUCGGGUUCAUCUUCUUCAAGCAGGACCUGGCGCUGGAGCUGCUCGGUACGGUGUGGAAUAAACUGGGCGGCGCCGUCGGCGACAUUCUCAGCAAAUCGAGACCAAAGGAACAAAAGUACGAACCGGUGGCGUUCGACGAGAAGGAAAUUGACAAACUGGCUUCCAGUAUCAAUUCGAUCAAGAAGAAGAAGGUGAAGAAGGCCAAUUAGGGCGUGCGCUGGGAUGGGCAGCUGCUUUGUAGUCAGUCAGAGUAGGAAGGUGAGUGGUAACUUUUUCGGUUUAUGCAAUAAUAAAGAGUGUCGACGGUAGGAUAGUUUGGAUCCAGUAGAUUAAGAGGUGGAGUGAGAUUCGGUGCGAAAUAAAACGAACCUCUGUUCAGUUUCUCAGAGAAGAGAUUUCCCGUA